AUGCUCGCGUUCGUCAGCGGCGCGUCCGGGGUGCUGAUGUGGCACCGAAGCGACAACAUGGCGUUUGUGAUAGUGACGGGCGGCGCGGGGCUGGUGCAGGAGGGGGAGGCAGUCGAGUGCAAGAUCAAGGGCGUGCUGCAGGUGGUGGACGAGGCGAAGGGCCCCAUCACCAAAAAGGAUUACGAGAUGAUGCAGGCCCCGGCAGGCGACGGCCUUUUUGGCAGCGUGGUGGACUUCAUGGGCCGCCCCCUCUCCGGCUUCCCGGCCCAAGGCAGCAGCGGCGCCACAAGCACCAGCAGCAGCGGCAGCGGCAGCGGCGGCAGCGACUCAACAGAGCAGUCGCAACAAGCGCAGCAGGACGGGGCGGCGGCGCCGGCGCCCGGGCAGCAGCAGUCGGUUGAGGACGAGGACGGGGCGCCCCCGCGCGGCGGCGGGCCGUUCAUUGGUUUUGACAAGACGCGGCCGCUGGUGAACCAGCAGGUGGCGAUGGCCCACAGGGAGCAGAUCACCGAGAGCCUCUCAACCGCCGGGGGGGGGGACGCGGCCUCGGGGUGA